GCUUGAUUUUUUCAUCAAAAAGUGAUUCAGUCGUAAUAGUUCAUAUUUUUCGUUUUGAGAAAUAUUUAUUCGUCAAAUUGUAAUGAAAUUGUGUAUUGAUUAUAAAACUGAUUGUGCUCUAUAAAUACGUGGAUCAAAACUACUUUAAUUAAUAGCAGACCAUGCUCUGUCGCCGGUCUGUGGCACAGAAGGGAGCACAUAAGACGUGACGUUGCACCCUGAGGGCGCUGGUGGGACCGCGCCAACAUGCAGCGUGCCAUCGCCUGCCUCUUGGCACUACUCACUAGAGCCACUGCUAAUGUAUAUGUUUACACGGUGGACACACCACACACAAUAGCGCAAGAGUUCCCCGACAUGCCGGCGACUUUCGGCGGCGAGGUGCCGCUAACGGGGUUGCGCGGGCUGCUGGUUCAGGGCGAGCCCGAGGACGGGUGCUCCGCCCUGCCGCCACCUCCGCAGGUCACCGACAACUUCACCGGCAAAUGGAUAGUGCUACUCGCCAGAUUUAAUUGCAGCUUUGAGAUAAAGAUUCGUAACGCGCAGGCAGCCGGCUACGACUGUGCCAUUGUACACAAUGUCAACUCUAGCGAUCUUGAGACAAUGUCGGCUAAAAACCCGGAUGGUAUAUUGAUUCCGUCAACUUUUGUGAGCGACAAGACGGGGCAAGUGCUCAUUGAAGCAUACCUCUACACUUUCGGAAAUUAUUAUAUAAUGUUGGACGGUAUUUCACCGUACAAUAUUAAUAGUUUGCUGGUGCCCUUUGCAGUCGUAGUGGUUCUAUGCCUCAUUGUGAUACUUAUAUUUAUGAUAAUAAAAUGCAUAAAAGACCGACGACGUGCUCGACGACAUCGCCUACCGAACAGGUUCCUGAAGAAGAUCCCGACCUGCAAGUUCAGUAAGGGUGAUCCAUACGACACUUGCGCUAUCUGCCUCGAUGACUACCAGGAGGGCGAGCGUCUGCGAGUGCUGCCUUGUGCACAUGCGUACCACUCGAAGUGCAUCGACCCGUGGUUGACGCAGAAUCGACGCGUAUGUCCCGUGUGCAAGCGGCGAGUGUUGGCCGCCGGAGAGCCGCGAACUCGCUCAGACUCUGACAGCGACACUGAGCCACUGCUCGCAGACAGCGAUCAAGUCCUCACACAGGGUGGUACAUUUGAUGAACAGAGAGAGAACCCGUUUGUGCGCGCUGUGCGACAUAUGGUGCGCCUUCGCGAGCGCCAUGAGCGCGCACAAGACGCAGAGAGCGCUCAGCCUUCAGAAGAAACUGAACAGACAAAUAAUGGCGAAAAUGCAAGUGUGGAAGCGGAGGAGACACAGUCGCUGGUGGCGCGCACGGAGCGGAGACAGCGGCGCUCGAGACGCGAAAGAAGAGCGCACGCUCGCCAAAAUGCAUCCAUUAACAGUGAAACACAAGGGGAAAUAGGUGUGGCUGCAUUACCAGUGUCUCCGGCGGAUGUCACUCCGCAGCAUAUAUUAUGAACGCGUCCGUAAGUGACGUGUAUCUGACCGUGUGACGUCACCCGCCGCCAUCUUGUAACGUCCAAACAGAACCGCGCCAUUCUUAGCGCUAAUUGCAAACACUACGCGAAACAAAAUAAGGUAACAUCAAUUACAAUUAGAAAAUACGAAAGUGUUGUGCAAUAUUAACUCUAGGUUUCGUUUUUUUUUUCAAUUGUGACAAGGCUCGGUUAAAAUUACUUGUGUUUGAAUAAUGUGUGAGACGUCGUUAUAACAAAAAAAAUGUUUUAUCCAUUGUUUUGCACCCACAAUUAUAAGUAUAAUUUUUAAGGCAUUAGUUAUUGACUUUGUAUAUUGAGGUGGAUGUCUUCUUGACCAAUAAUUUAUUAAAUAUACAUGAAUAUGCAACUAAUUUGUAUAGUAAAAAUAUAAAUAAGACAAUUUUACAACACACUAACAUCACAAUUGGUUAUAUAAUACCUUUAAC